AUGGCAGUCGGAACACUCUCCCUCUUCUACCCCGUCAUCCUCCCCCUCUCGACCGCCGGCCUCCUCUAUGCCGUCCACCGCCUCAUGUACGUCGACUGGGCCGUCUGGGCCACCGACUUCUUUACCGGCCCGGGCAGCGUCAGUCGUAUUCUGCUGGUGGUUUACAUGGGUUUGAGCUGGAAGAAUUUCCCUUUUAUGUGGCAUAUCCGCGUCUUCCACGCCUUCAUCCUGCACCUCCUCCGCCGUCCCCCCACCCCCCUCCGCCCCAAUUCCCUCUUCCACCCCUCCAUAACCUCUUCCUACACCUCCCCCCUGGAAACCGACUACAACCUCCACAAGUCCAACUCGACUUACUUUGCCGACCUGGACGUCUCCCGCUCCCACCUCGUCACCCACUUACUCGGUCCCGCCAUGUCCGUCGUCGGCGACAACGCCAAGAAUAAACUUGUUUUGGAUCCCCAGGGAAAUGUCGUCAAAGGUGGUUUUGGUAUUGGACUCGGCGCCGUCUUUUGUUCUUUCAGACGGGAGAUCCCGCCUCUCAAGGGAUACGAGAUGUGGAGUCGCAUUCUGUCUUGGGAUCGCAAGUGGUUGUACAUCGUCACCCAUUACGUCGUCAAGGGCAAGGUCAGGCCUACUAGCUGGGAUGGCAGGAAGUUUGGUCCUACGCGCCCCAAGCUGGUCAGGACUGAGGAUGGAAAGGAGGUUGAGGAGAAGGAUUUCUCAAAGUACGUCUACGCCACCGCCAUCAGCAAGUACGUCUUCAAGCUCGGCCGCUUCACUGUCCACCCUUCCAUUGUCAUCGAGGCCAACGGCUUGCUUCCUGAGCGUCCUGGUGAGGGAUGGCGUGGCGGCGAGACCGGUACCGGCACCUCCGAGGAUCUUGGCGAGAUCAACGAGAACAGCGAGUGGGACUGGAAGCGCGUCGAGUACGAGCGCAGAAAGGGCAUGGAGUAUGCUCAGCACUUUGCUGCCUUGGAUGGCGUCAACUCCCUGUUCGACGGUGGCGACGAUGGUGCCAUUGGCAAGUUCCAUCUGGGUUAA